UCUGGGUGAAACAAAGAACCACUGCGCAUGCGCCGUGCUCUGUUGCUACUCAGUUGUUGUAGUUACCAGGGAGAUUAACCGCGCUGAUCAACUGGCCCCGAUGACAACUGCCAGCUAGCAGUUAGCGGGCUCUCAGACAUAAAGGCAAGUUGACGUCGGUGUGUGUUUGUAAGUUGCAGGUAGGUAGGUGCCAUGGUAAGACACCUGAUCCCAGCAAGAUUUCACCGGGCAGCUCGUCCCCAUUUACCCUGAAGAUGCCAGCUGUGAUCCGGAAUAAGGAGGACUCCUCUGACUCCUCCUCAGAGGACGAGCAAGAAGACCAUCCCUGCAUUGCCUGGAGUGGCCUUAGCAAGACAAUCCCAGUUCUCUUGUUUUUCCCCGAAGCUGCUGUUUCGAAAGAUGGCAACAUCUGCUCUACUGGAGAGCGAUAUCAUAUGGCCUUCAAGAUUGUGCGCACGGAGAGUCGCUUGGUACGAGGAAUACUCACCAAUCAUGGAUUCCAUGAGGUUCACCCAAACAGUAACGACUUUAACCUCAUGUGGACAGGAUCUCACCUCAAGCCUUACAUUUUACGCAGCCUUCAAGACUUCCAGAAGGUCAACCACUUUCCCAGGUCGUAUGAAUUGACGCGCAAAGACCGUCUCUAUAAAAACAUCCAGCGAAUGCAGCAGACUCAUGGAUUCAAAAACUUCCAUAUCGUUCCUCAGACCUUUGUGCUUCCCUCUGAGUACCAGGAAUUCUGCAAUUGUUUUGCCAAGGACAAGGGCCCAUGGAUUAUUAAACCAGUAGCAUCUUCAAGAGGGCGAGGCAUCUACUUGGUCAGCAACCCAAAUCAGAUUUCAAUGGAUGAAAACAUCUUGGUGUCUCGCUAUAUUAAUAACCCACUACUGAUAGAUGAGUUCAAGUUUGAUGUGCGGUUGUACGUCUUAGUAACAUCAUACGAUCCACUCCUCAUCUAUGUGUACGAGGAGGGUCUGGCGAGGUUUGCCACAGUCAAGUACGACCGGACCUCAAAGAACAUUAAGAACACGUUCAUGCAUCUCACUAACUACAGCGUAAACAAAAAGAGCAGCGAUUACGUCAGCUGCGAUGACCCUGAAGUUGAGGAUUAUGGGAACAAGUGGAGUAUGAGUGCAGUGUUGAGGUAUUUGAAGCAGGACGGGAAGGACACCACACUGUUGAUGAAACAGGUGGAGGACCUUAUCAUCAAAGCUGUACUGAGUGCUGAACUACAGAUAGCCACCGCCUGCAAGAUGUUUGUUCCCCACAAGACAAACUGCUUCGAGCUGUAUGGUUUUGAUGUGCUCAUUGACUCCAACCUCAAACCCUGGUUGUUAGAGGUGAACCUUUCUCCCUCCCUGGCCUGCGAUGCGCCCUUGGAUCUGAAGAUAAAGGCCAGCAUGAUUGCAGACAUGUUUUCACUUGUGGGCUUUGUGUGUCAGGACCCCCUAUCGAGACAGCCACGCUCUGACCGAGUUGCCCUGGACCCCAGCCUCAAGCCUCCAGCAGCCCAAAGAACACAGAAACCUCUUUCUGCACCGACAGCCACUGCACACAGCAGAGUGCGGCAGAAGCUUGCAUCAGUUAGCAACUCAGAAACAGAGGGGUCCAAAGACAAGCAAGGACCUAAACAAGGCCAAGGAGACAGUACUCUGAGCUUGACUGCUGAGGAGAUCAAAGUGCUGAGGAGGAUAAAGGAGGAGUAUGAGAGACGAGGAGGCUUCGUAAGGAUCUUCCCCACUGCAGAAACAUGGGAGCUCUAUGGUGGAUAUCUGGAGUCCAAGACAUCAAUGAACUACAUGUUGGCAAACAGACUUUUCCAUGGAAGGAAUGUGACCGGGAAUGUGCAGCUGCAGGUGGACGCUGUCCAUGGCUGUCACGUAGUCCAGUAUGAGAGGAAACUGCUGUCUCUGGAGGCACGUAAGAAGAGACAGCGCCACCUGACUCAUCGCUCUGCUGCAGGGAAGAAGAAAUCGGGGAAGGAAUCCAAGGCCUCCCCGACUGCUAGCAGCAGUCAGGAGGGAGAGGAGUGCGCUCAGAAGGAAAGAGAGAAGGUGAAACAAGUUCUUGAGCCGGUCUCACACAAGGCUUUGGUAGCAGAGCUAAGCAAACAAGUGGCCACACCACUGGAUCACUGCCAUGGUGAGGCUCUGUCCAGCUCAGAGGCAGCUACGCACAAUGCCAGACCCAGAGUCAACCUGCUCAACAUCCUUCAGCAGGGGUGGGACCUCAGUAAAGUGCAGGCCCGGGCAGCCUUUUCCGCAUACCUGCAGCGAGUCCAGCAAAGACUGUUAGCAGAGAGCAGGGCCAACAGCAUCCCAGCUUGGCCAGACAAGGACAACGACCAAAUGGAGCUGGUGAUUCGUUUCCUGAGAAGAGCGGCCAGUAACCUUCAACAAGACAUUAAGGUGGUCUUGCCCAGUCGCCAGCUUCCACUCCAAGACCGCAGACGCAUCCUGUCCCACCAGCUAGGGGAGUUUAUCCACUGUUACAACAAGGAAACUGAUCAUAUGGUGAAAAAACAAGAGAAUGGCAAAGAAGAGCAUUGUGUUAACCCCAGUGUGUUUCAGGAGUACAUCACUGCAGCAAGCGAAAGCGAUUUGGAGAACGUACUGACAUUCUACACACAGAAAAAUAAAUCAGCCACCGUCUUCCUGGGAACAAAAGUCAGGAGUGUUAAGAAAGACGUUCAUGAAGUCAAUGCCUCAGGAGAUUCAAGCAACUGUGAGAUUUCCAAAACUCUGCCUGUGGCCAAAAAGGAUUCCAGCGCUUCAGAGUCCUCGCUCUCCACAGGGAAAGUCAGCAGUGACCCAGACAUCAAGGCCACUGAGAGUCAGCCUUCAGUCCGUGCUUUUCCUGAAGACCAACAGGCAGCAGUUAGAACUGGUAAAAGCCAGCCGGACAUCCAGUCCUCCCAGCACUGUUCCAGCUUUCCUGUGACUUUAGACUGCACACAUAUUCAUCUACAGCACUGCUCUUCCAACCCGACAUCUCUGCCUCUCCAUUGCCCGCCACCGCCGCCGCCACCUCUUCAACCACCGUCCUAUGUACAGUCCUUGGCAAAGUCUCACUUCUGCCAUGCUGAAAACCUUUCUGACCCUCCUGCAUACACUUCUGCCGUCGUGGUCACCCAGCCCUCGAGAGCAAUUUGGACAGCUGUUUCCACUGGCUCUGUCUCUACUGGGCAACCAACCCAGGUGCUCAGGAGGAUUCAGUCUUUUACCUCAUCAGCGUCCAACUCUGGAACAGCCUCUUCCAUCCCGAGUGCCACGCACAUCUAUAGCCAGAAGCUCUCUAGACCUACCUCUGCAGGCCAAGUGAUCAGGAGGAGCAGCUCCGGCAAACUGAAGUCACACUCAGCAGGAACAUUCAAGGAGCUAAACUCCCUGUCUGCUCAAGCCCAUUCCAACCAGCAGGCCUUCAUCUCAGCCCUGCAAAAGCUGGCUGACAAGCAGGUCGCUCGCCACUAUGCCAGCUCCAGUCACAUCAACCUGUUGACACAACACUUGACCAACAUGAACCUGACCAACAGGAUGCUGAGCAGAGAAAGUGUUACACUGAACCGUAAAGUACGGCAUACAGCUGCUACAACCCAAGGGCCAAUAAAAGCUGUUCACUCAGGAUCGGAUCUAUGUAGCAGCGCUGGCCACAGGCCACUGAAGGACGAGGACGUUCUUUGGGAUGGACAGAUGCAGAGCGCGUACAGCUUGGUGACGGGGGUGAACCCUCAGCAGCGCUACCAGCCCACCCAAGGAAGUUACCAGCUUCAGUUUGCUAUCCAGAAACUGCAACAGCAAAGACUUCAGUCUCAACAGUUUCUGGACCAAAGCCAUUGCAGACACCAGGCUCAAUUUCCAGACCAGAGAAGUACUCCACACUCCCAGGCUCCCACAAACUCCUCCAGCUGCCCUCCACCCAGCUUUCAUGUUCGGCCCAAUCACAGUCAUGGCCACAGCCACAUCCAAACCUGUGUUAGUCCUGUGCUCACCCCAAAGCCACCCAGCAGUGCCAGAGAAGGACAGCUCAGGAAAACGGCAACAAAGCGGCUCAUCAAGCAGACAUCGGCAGAGAGUUCAGCCAGUGGAAGUGUGUCCAGCGGCCAGCAUACGGCCUAUGAAGCCAUCUGCGGUAAAACAGGUCUUUCUGUGUACCACAAGCUGUUCCAGGGCCAGGAGCCCAGUCACAGAUGACAGGAAGGCGACCAGAGGCAUGUCCUGCCCCUCUGCUGGCCUGACAGGUGUCUCUGCAUGUAACUACAUCCUCACAGAGGUGUAUUCUGGGAAAGGACAACAGCAACAGAUGAAAGCAUGCCAGACAUCGAACAGGGCCCUAUUAACUUCUCUGUGAUACAGCCACAGACAUGCGAGAGGAUGGUCCACGACGGCCAGGAAUGCCCAGCUUUGACGCAGGUUGGGAUUUUGUUGCGCAGCUCAACAUCAGUUGGCCUUUUCAGCUCCCUAACCCCCCACCCCACCUUCCCCCUCAUCCCCUUUGGCUUCACCCAGUCUAUAUACCAACAGUUGUCCGCCCUCAUUCUCUCCAUGCUACUGAUGCCACGUGAAGAUUUCACUGACAGACAUCCUUCAGCAGAUGGUUCUUCAAGCCCCAGUGGGAUUCGACACUUUCUUCUUUACUCAUGCAUGAAUGCCGUGUCCACCGUCAGUCAUUCAUUGUUGAUUUUUAUCUUCCUAAAAAGGUGAUGGUGUUUUUUUUUUGCUAAUAAAAGGUUUUGACGAGUAUUGUAGAGGUUGUCUGAGCAGCUUCUCAUCUUGCUUGCAUGCCGAGGAGUUCCUUUCAUGUGCCGUUUCUGGCAUCCCUGUGCUUGUUGGAAGCCAAAUUUCUGCCAAGUCUGACUCUAUGGCCAUUGCCAAAGGAUGUGUUAAAAUAUUGCAUCUUUUGCUCAGAGGCCCUAAAAAAUAUUGUUUGAUCUUGAAUAUGCUUGGUUGCUGCCUUGUUCCCUGUUUACAAGAACAAUGUAAUGCUGUUGCUGGGGUGUUUAAAGAAUCAAGAGUACAGUUGGCUUGUGAUUGUUCCUGUAAACUGUUGAGAUGUUGAUGUUGUAUUCCUUUGGAUGGACCAAAUUUUAAUAUUAAUAUUAAGUAAAUCAUUGUUAUUGCUUCAGUAUUUAUUCACUGUUCACUGUCUACCAAAAGGCCUUUUCGGCCGUUUCUGUAGCUUGAAGCAUAACAUAAAGAAGGAUUAUGGUUAUGCAAAGCCUUGCUUACAAUGAAGGUUAACGCUGCACCAGCAGAACAAUAUCGUUGUGAAUAGUCUGUUGCUAGGGACCAUAUAGUGAGUUCACUCAGGGCGUGUUAAUAGAAUAAAACAUAUCUGUUAUAUAUGAAGAGAUUCAGCUUAUGUUUAUGAUGUCUUUGUCAGAAAAUACUUGAAUUUCAUGCAUGUCUUUGUCAUAUCGUCUGAUGAUUAUCAUCGCAGUGACUUUGCACAGAUUGUAGUUUCCAAUGCAGUACAACAGACCUGGUUUUAAUAUACUUGAUUGUAUUUCUUUCUUUUUUUGUUUGUUUGUUGCGAUCGAUGUUAAACUUCAUGUUGUGGAUUUACUGCUGUUAAAGCCAGUGCAUGCCGUAUUACAAGAAUCCAACAGGAGUCCAAAUCAAUGUCUAUAUUCUCAUGUGGUGAUACAGAGUUGUUUACAGUCAGUCAUUUAAUCUGUUUUGUUGCUGAUUGUUCACAACACACAUGCAUGGAGAUGUAAUAAGUUUUUUUGGAAUCAUCUCGGCAGUCUGUAUCAAACAACAGAAAACAUUAAAACAUGCUGAUCAUGUCA